AUGUCGGUGGGCAGUUCAAGCGAGACCGCAAGUCUCGCAGGAUAUGAAACAGUGACGAACGGAUGGAGGCGACACGCCUCGGCGAAGAUGCCGGCAAUACCGUCAGGGGAAAUACUAGCUCGUCGAUUAGGUCAACACCUAACGUUUGUUAUAAUACCUGGGUUUCUGCAGUCAGUGCCAUCUUAUCACACCUUGCUCAUGAUCUGCCUCAGACCUCAAAGAACCAAAGAAAUAGAAGACGUCGUUUGUUGUGAGACGAACUUCCUGCUUUUCUUCAACGACUUCUGGCAUUUCGAGCGUCAUCAGUAA